GUACGGCAUAAACACGCCCUCUGUGGCGUCGCUUCCGCAUUCAAACGUUUAUCUAGUUUAAAGUGUUAAUUUACGGUUCCAAAUAAUUAUUAUUGAGCUUGUUAUUAUCAGUCUAUUAUUUUAAAUCAUACCCGUAUGAACUUUAACUUCAGCUUUGGCUUCGCGUCUGGGGGUGCGUUAUUGGUUUCUCCUUGAGAAGAAAUGUCAGUUUCCCUCGGAGUUCUGAGAUUGACUCAUGUGGAAAGACGGGAUUCUUUUGUCUUUUAAGAGAAAGAACAACUUGCACCCGACCGUGUAACAACGUUCCUGCACAGUUGUAGUCCUUUAGCUUUUCUGGAGUGGCUGAUGAUACUUGUGGCGAUGAGCUGAGAUUAAAUAGAUGGAUAGUUAGACAUUCCAGGCAGUCUCUGGAAUCUUAGUGAAUUCACGGUUGCAUUUUGCAGAUUUCCAGCACAUGUUGAGCCAUCAUGGCUCCACAUCCCAUCAUCCAGGCCAUCAUCGACUUCACGGCAGGCGCAGCAGGUGGUACAGCUUGUGUUCUCAGCGGGCAGCCUCUGGACACCACCAAAGUGAAGAUGCAGACGUUCCCCAACAUGUACCGCGGCUUCGUGCACUGCUUCAUGUCCACAUUCAGACAAGUGGGGAUCCGGGGCCUCUACAAGGGCACCACCCCGGCGCUGAUAGCCAACAUCAGCGAGAACUCUGUGCUCUUUCUGAGCUAUGGGUUCUGCCAAGACGUGGUCCGCUCUUUGGUCAGCGUGGAGGCUGACCGUGAACUCAGUGAUAUUCAAAAAGCCUUCUCCGGGUCGCUGGCCUCCAUCUUCUCCUCCAUGGUGCUUUGCCCCACUGAGCUGGUCAAAUGUCGCCUGCAGGCCAUGUACGAGAUGGAAGCAUCUGGCAAGAUCUCCCAAGGACAGCGAAGAGUGUGGACGGUGGUGAAGAAAGUGAUGGAGAAAAAUGGUCCACUGGGUUUCUACCAGGGUCUGACGUCCACCAUUGUGAGGGAGUUCCCGGGUUACUUCUGCUUCUUUGGCGGCUAUGAAGUCAGCCGAUCCACGUUUGCACAUUACAUGGGCACAGACAAGGAGGGUAUCGGCAUUCUUCCGCUCAUGUUCAGUGGCGGCUUUGGGGGGGCUUGUCUUUGGCUUCUUAUCUAUCCCAUCGACUGCGUCAAGUCCAGGAUACAGGUCUACUCUUUAGCCGGGAGGCAGGAGGGUUUCCUGAAGACCUUUAUGGGGAUUGUACGCAAUGAGGGGUUGAGCGCUCUCUACUCAGGCCUCACGCCCACCCUGAUACGCACCUUCCCGGCCAACGGCGCCCUCUUCCUGGCCUAUGAACUCACUAGAAAGUUUUUAAUGGACGCAGCCGGCACCUAAUGUGAGAUAUGUGUAUACAGAUUAUACUUUAAUAAUGGUGCUGGCCUCAUUGAAAUUGAUUUAGCGGUAUGUAUUUUGUCUCUGUGACUACUUUUUAAUAAUCAUAUUUUAAAAGGUGACUCCCCUUGUUACGUUUGUGUGCUUGUAAAUCAUAAAGUCAUGCAAUCAGAAGCAAAAA